AUGUCAUUAAUAUUUAAUGGCCAAGAAUAUGUGUUGCUUUCAAGUGUUCAAUUAGUACCCGUAAUGCCUUCGGAUACCCGAACAAAUAUGGUGUCAUCGCAUAUUCAAAUGAAUUCGCAUGAAUUUGUGAUGAAUCCAACUCAAAAUAUAAUGUUGCCGUCGAAUUUUAAGUUUCCCUCAAACUUUUCGUCCAUUCUGCGUUCAGAAUCUACGGUAGAAAAAUUAACCCUCAUAUUUGUACUACACAAUUUCGCACAUAAUUUCGUAUAUUAUGUGGAAUAUGUUGGUAGACACGUUUUAUUCAAGAUUCCGUCUGUCGACGACGCCUUGAAGAUAGGGAAGGGUACAAAAAUUCCCCCAACCUGCUUCAUUUUAUUUAGGAAAAUUAUUCAGGGUUGCGUAACUUCGUUGGGAUUGAGAAUACAACGAAAAAACUUAUCUAAGCACGUUAAAAAUAUUUGGAAUGACCAAAAAACGAAAAAUCCUAAAUUAGAAGAGGAUUUUAAACUUAUUGCACAUAUGGCUUCGAAAAAAUUUUAUUCAUCGCGGUUAAGAGUUAAAAUCCAUUGUCAACCCAAAAAAAUAGAUGUCUCCGAACAAUCGAUAAAUAAUGCAAACCUUAAUAAUUCCGAAGACCCGGCACUAUAUGGUCUCAUUGACGAUCUUUUUCCGGCGAUUAAAAACUAA